AUGUAUAACCAACUUGAACGUCCGGCUAAAGCCGGACUUCAGGCUUUUUUUGGUGACUCGUUUCGCAGAGUGCUCGCCUCUCAGUUGCAUGGCGAUUGUUCGCCACCUCACCGAACUAUGUCUGAUGUGAUAUUCGACGACAUGUUUAUGGUCAAAAACAUCGAUCCAGAUGGGAAGAAGUUCGAUCGCUGUUCUCGACUGUUCUGCGAUUCUGAAUCGUUUAGCAUGGAGUUAAUCUUAGAUGUGAAUACACAACUUUAUCCCAUCAGUCUUAACGAUAAAUUCCGCUUAAUGAUUACCACUUCUGUACGCGAUGACGGGAUGCCUGAUGAGGGAGAGUAUGAUCCCCAGGCCAACUACUCUCGAGUAGCCCAAUUUGAGUAUGUGAUGUUUGGUCGUGUGUAUCGAAUUGAAGGUGACGAUUCGGGUUCUGAUGGAAGUCGUAUAGCCGCCUACGCAUCAUUUGGAGGUCUGCUGAUGAGGCUCAAAGGGGAGGCUUUUAACCUCCAUGGAUUCGAACUCGAUUCAAACAUUUAUUUGCUUAUAAAGAAAGUUGAAUUUUGA